AUGGCUACCAGGAAUUGCGCAGCUGUCGUCGUGGGCGCUGGCCCAGCCGGUGUGGCCGUCGUGGGCAACCUGCUAGAGCGCCAAUUGGGCACAAUAGCCUGGAUCGAUCCUAGCUUCGAGUCCGGCCGUGUCAAUCGGAAAUACCGCGAGGUUCCCAGCAACACCAAAGUCGCCCUCUUCCAGGCGUAUGCCACGGCUGUACAGCCCUUCCAGACGGUCAUCGAAAACACCCCUCGACCAAAUGCUUUUACCACUAUGGCCAAGCUGGACCAGGAGAAGACGUGCCAUCUGCACUAUGCUGCAGACAUGAUCCGCGGGAUCACGGACGGUCUGAUCAAGAUGGAUCGAGUCCACGCCUGCCGCGGGUUCGUGACUGCAGCCAACCUUAGCAGCAGGACAUCCAGCGACUCCCAAUGGACCGUCCGCAUCAAGCAACACGGCUCACCCGACGAACUCACAAUCGAGACAACCCGUCUGAUCCUCUGCACAGGAUCCCACCCAACCAACAUCCCCGUCCCCGUCCCAGGCCUAGACAUCACCCGCCUAGACCUAGACACCUCGCCGUCAUCGGCGCCUCCCCACAGCGCCAUCCUCGCCCUCCUCAACCUCGUCACUCUCGCCCGCGACUCCCACCCCCACCUACGCGUGAAAUGGUUCACGCGGCACCCGCUCCGCUACGCGGAGUACAUGGACGGCUGGAUCCUGCGCGACAACACCGGUCUCAAGGGUCUAGCAGCGGACUUUGCGCGCGCCCAACUCGAAGACGACAAGUUGCCCACGUCGCCCGCUGGCCGUGUAAUCGAGAAAAUCGACUGCGGGGGCGGCGAGUCCCGCGAGGCGGCGCAGUAUCGGGCUGAGUUGCCCAGUUGCUCGCAUAUUGUUCAUGCGGUGGGAUUCACGAGGGAUCCGCUGCCGCAGUUGGCUAGGGAUGGGGAGGCGUUGAGUAUGGAGUUUGAUCAUGGGUCGGGCAAGUUCCAUGAGCGUGGAGAUGGGCCUGUUGUUCCUGGGUUGUUUGGGGCUGGGAUUGCGUUUCCAGAGAGGGCAGUGGAUCCACGUGGGAAUGUGGAGUAUGCAGUGGGGUUCUUUAAGUUUAUGAAGUUUUUGAAGAGGGUUGUUCCGGAUUGGGUGGUUUAG